AUGUCCUCUCCCCAAGAAGGAAGCCCAAAGGCAUGGCUGACCGUCGCUGGCUCGGCUGCUGCGCUGUUCGCUUCGUUCGGCUGGGUCAAUUGCAUCGGCGUGUUUCAGGCGCAGUACGAAGCCCAUCAAUUACGCGAGUACAGCAGCUCCAAGAUCUCCUGGAUCCCGUCGAUGGAGUUCUUUUUCAUGAUGUUCCCCUCCGCCUUGACGGGGAAGCUGUUUGACAAUUACGGGCCGCGAGUGCCGAUUGCGAUGGGCACGCUGGUGCACACCUUCGGGCUGAUGAUGGCCAGCAUCUCACGCGAGUACUAUCAGUUCAUGCUGAGCCAAUCGGUCUGCUCCGGACUGGGAUGCGCGCUCAUCUUCACCCCGGCCAUGGCCGCCCCGUAUACCUGGUUUCGCCGAAGAAAGGCCAUUGCGUCGGGGCUCACCGUGGCAGGGUCCUCCAUUGGCGGAGUGGUGUUUCCUCUCAUGGUCCAGCACUUGAUUCCCCGCGUGGGAUUUGGCUGGACGAUGCGAAUCUGCGCCUUUUUGGUCCUGGCCAUGCUGAUCUUCGCGACCUGGACGGUUUCAUCCCGCAUGGAGCAUCGUCCCAAGCCAAUGAAGAUCGUCGACUACGUGAAGCCUCUAGCCGAGCUGGACUUCUGCAUCUUAUGUGCCGCGUGCUUUUUUCUCUACUGGGGCAUGUUUGUUCCGUUCAAUUACAUUUCCGUCGUCGCCAUGCGCCAUGGCAUGUCCCAGAGCCUUGCGUUGAGCCUAAUCCCCAUCCUGAACGGCGCGAGUUUCCUGGGUCGCACGGUGCCAAACUACCUCGCCGACCGCUGCGGCGCAUUCAACGUCAUGAUUGUCAUGACGCUGUUUACGACGAUCAUCGUGCUCGCCCUCUGGCUGCCCGCCGGGGGCAACGUGGCUUUCCUGACUUUCACGGCCCUCUUUGGGGUGGGUUCGGGCGCGACAGUCGGCCUGGGUCCUGUCCUGAUCGCCAUCCUGUCUCCUAUCAAGGAAGUCGGUCUGAGAAUGGGCACCACGCUGGCCAUUGGGGCCAUCGGGGGGCUCACCAGCCCUCCAAUCGCCGGGGCGAUUGCGGCGCAAGAGGAGGGGGACUUCACGGAUGCGUGCGUCUUCUCGGGCGUCAGCUACUUCUCAGCCCUGGUGUGCUUUUUGCUCCUGCGCGUGCGUCGGGGUGGGUGGAGGGUUACAUCGGCGGUCUGAGGGGGUGGAAUCCCUGUUUGGGCCCAGCCUUACGUUAUAUGCACUACAUAUCCAAUUCAAUCAAAUCAAAUCGAAUCCCCGGAUGUUUGCUGUCUCUUUGGUUGCACUUAUCCUUUGCCUGCAACUCUCCAGCCGCCAAGGCACUAUAGCUGCAGUAUCUUACAGGGGAUGACAGAUCCAUUUCCAUUUUGAUUGAAUCAUCAACUACUGCGUAUGUGUUUCAUACUGCUUUCUGUAUCAUGCGUCAAUGGCCUUUCUUAGCUGUAUCGAUAUGCGAGUUGUGACAUGGAUGUACCUGUAUGUUGUUUCAGGCUGAGCCAACACUACCCCGAUCAUUUGCCAAAGUACGACUAUCGAACAGGGUGUAUUGACUUUUGUUUGCUUCUCUCCAAUUCUUCUGCCGACUCAACCGGACAUGCCAAUCAUCUCCCCCGUCAGAUGCGGCUUCAAGUGCCUUUGCAAGUCUCUGCGAUGUUACGUCCUAACCUCUUGAUAGAUG